AUGAACCCGGAAGUUAAAGCUUUUACCAGUCCUGGAACUUCAGUAUUCGCUCCUCACAGCAAUCCCAGUGCUGCAAGCUAUGAUCCCGCCACUGCGAUGAAUCAAAACCAAGUUGGUUCACCAAUACAAACAAGUUUCAAUAAUUCACAGUCUGCAUCCGGGGUGACUCAUGUAACACCUUCCCACCCUCCAGACGUUUCACACAUAUACAUUCCUGAACCGGGUACUUGUCCGCAUCCAUUUCACCUCACACAUUUCAGCAAAGGGCAGUACAGCAGAGGCAAUCCUGAUGAUAAAGCUAGACGUACCUUUCAUGAAGAUGGUCGAUCAUUCAUAUGGUGUAGAGCGUGUCCAUUAUCAGUAAUGAGGUAUGGGUAUCUAUCAGCUCUUACUAAAUCUAUUCCUGGAUCUGCACCACCUUUAGCUUGUCCCGCACGGUAUGACACACAAAAGAUCGGAGGCAACGAAUUGCCCAAAGGGUAUAGGGAAUUUGCGGAAAGCAUAGUCUCUGUCGAAGAUGGAUUUCUCCUCAGGAGUCAAGAUGUCAAUGACAACAAGCAAGUUAACUAUGGGUUUGAGUGUCAUCAUGAAAACGAUUAUAGAUCAAAAAAAUUGAGCGCGAGAUUUCUUGAAAGACCUUCAUUGUAUGUCGAAGCCGAGAGAGAAUGGUCUCGUUUGACUGAAUCUGAUCACGCACAACUUCCUUAUCCUCCUUUCAGAUAUACAGGAUCAUUUUUCCAACUCAACGACAAUACUACAAACUUGACGAGCUUUAAUCAGUAUGUUCCUCAACCGUAUCCUCAAUAUCUACCUUGGAAUGAACACAUUUGUCAUUCGCCUACAUCCUUUGAUCCAGGAUUUCCUCAAUUUGAUAGCAACUCCACCAACAUGGCCAACUCGAAUCAAGCUUUCAAUCAACCACAACUUCAUGAUCCACCUUCUCUUACCGCAGGUGAUCAAUCGCACCAUACUGAACUAGUACAAGCAGAAUAUCCUCCUCCUAGUAGUGAUCGAUCUUCAAUCGAUGAUCACGAUCAGUGGGAUCGAAACAUGACACGAUCAGUCGACGAUCUCGUCAAGAUGGAUGAAAAUGACAUGAGUUCUCGUCCCUGCACUGAGACGGCUUCAUCGCCUCAUAACAGCAUUCUGGGGAACGGUACAAUCCCAUCUGGGAACAUCAGCUCUGCCAAAAAGUUGUACCUGAUGUGGAAUGGGGCUGUUAUGGCUGAAAACUUUUAG